AUGCCGUGCGAAAUGAUAACAUUGCAACUUGGCCAAUGCGGCAAUCAAAUUGGCUUCGAAUUUUGGAAGAGGCUCUGUGCAGAGCACGGUAUCAGUCCUGAAGGUAUUUUGGAAGAUUAUGCGACUGAGGGGACUGACCGAAAAGAUGUCUUUUUCUAUCAGUCAGACGAUGAGCAUUAUAUACCAAGAGCUGUGCUCCUCGAUUUGGAACCUCGAGUUAUUCAUGCAAUAAUGAAUUCCCCGUAUUCAAAGCUCUAUAAUCCUGAAAAUAUAUACUUAUCAAAACAUGGUGGUGGAGCUGGAAAUAAUUGGGCAUCUGGUUAUCAUCAAGGAGAAAAAUUGCAAGAAGAGAUUUUUGAUAUCCUAGAUAGGGAAGCGGAUGGCAGUGAUAGUUUAGAGGGUUUCGUUUUGUGCCAUUCCAUAGCUGGUGGGACGGGAUCUGGUAUGGGAUCAUUUAUGUUAGAGUCUCUUGCAGAUAGGUUUCCUAAAAAAUUAAUAGAGACUUACAGUGUUUUCCCAAAUCAAGAUGAAAUAAGUGAUGUAGUCGUGCAGCCCUAUAAUUCGUUACUGACAUUGAAGCGGCUAACGCAGUGCGCAGAUUGUGUCGUUGUAUUGGAUAAUACAGCAUUAAAUAGAAUUGCAUCAGACCGAUUACAUAUACAGAAUCCCAGCUUUACGCAGAUUAACAAACUCGUGUCCACUAUCAUGUCUGUUAGUACGACAACUCUUAGGUAUCCUUCAUACAUGAAUAAUGAUUUGGUAGGUUUAAUCGCUCCGUUGAUUCCUACCCCACGGUUACAUUUCUUAAUGACAGGAUACACACCGCUUACAACCGACCAAGAGGGUGCUUCGGUGAGAAAAACAUCGGUACUUGAUGUAAUGCGUCGUCUGUUGCAACCGAAGAACAUGAUGGUUUCUACUGCAUUGGACAGAAAUGCUGCACACUGUUACAUAUCUAUACUGAAUAUAAUUCAGGGAGAGGUAGACCCUACACAAGUGCACAAAUCUUUGCAAAGAAUUCGAGAAAGGAAAUUAGCACAAUUUAUUCCUUGGGGACCAGCUAGCAUACAAGUGGCCCUUUCAAGGAAAUCUCCUUACAUACAAAGCACGCACAGAGUUUCAGGACUGAUGUUAGCUAAUCAUACAAAUAUAUCCUCUCUUUUCGAUCGUGCUCUUCAACAAUACGACAAGCUUCGCAAACGAGAAGCCUUUCUGGAACAGUUUCGAAAGGAGAAAAUGUUUGAGGAUAAUCUGGAUGAGUUGGACAACUCACGAGAAGUUGUGGAUUACCUUGUUAAGGAAUAUCAAGCUGCGACAAAGUCUGACUACCUUACAUGGAGUCCAAAUAAAGCGGAAUAA